AUGUUUCUUGAUAGCGAUGCCGCCGUGACUGAUCAAACCCUGGUCGAGACGGGCCAGCUCUACCUAACUUGGUGCCAUAACCAGCCUAUCGCUCUCUUUAGGGAGGAAAACUUCCUCGACUCUUUGAAAAGUCGGGACCGCGAAGUUCUCCUUGCUGUCAAGUCCCUGAGCUUGCGAUUCCCCCCUGGCACUCUAACCCCCCAGAAGCGGGAACGACUGCAGGUUAUGGCCAAGGCUUCUCGGAGGCUAGUCAUGGAUCGUAUCGCAGACGGCCACGUUAGACUGUCGACAUUGCAGACUUUGUGUUUGCUGAGCCAGCUAGAUUUCGUAGACGGAAACGUUGUACAAGCUGGCUUGAAUCUCAGCAUGGCAACCCAUCUUGUUCACAGUAUCCCGCCGAGAACAUCCCUUGGGGAUGUGACAGAAUGCAAUUACUGCACUCAGGGUAUUAUGACGCUACAGAACAUCCAUGGGUCUCUCACCUCACUAUCGGCCCCACCGCAUGUAGCGAUUCCCUCGCAAAGCCAAAGAACCUCUCCCAUGCUUGCCAGCCGCGUUACUGGCCAACAAGCCCAAGACUCAACACUCCCGAACGAACUUGCUCAAAAAAACCAGCCGGGGUCCGUUAUUGUUGCCUACGCAGCUGAGCUGACAGACGCUUGGCGGAUGGCUAGGGCGUACGCGGCCUCCUAUGUGAGCUCGGAUGCGCCGCCGCCUUGGAAUCCGGACUCCGAUUACUCGUCCGUCAUGCUGCGACAUCUUGAGGUCGAUUGCAAAGUACCGCUCAAGUACCGAUUCGCGGCAAACGAUUUCGCCGGGCACGACAUAGAAACGCUGCAGAGCCAGCGAAGUUACUGGGGACCAUGGCUAUUCCUCCAGAUCAUGUACGCAGCUAUCCCGUGCCUUCUGAACCAUCCUUUCCUACUAUCUAUGCGCCUCCGGAACUUCCGCUACACGAUGCCGCAGUCUUUCAUCCAGCAAUCAUUUGACCAGAUUACACGGCACGCGGGCUGGAUCAUCUACUUCCUUGACCAGCUGGAGAAGAAGGACUUUCAAGCAUCGGACCCAGUGCUCGCGCAUUGUGUAGCUAUAGUGGCUACAAUUCACCUGCAGCAUAGCUUCGUGAAGGAGUACACGCUUCGAGACAAGGCCCAGGCUGGUUUUGAGACGUGCAUGCGAUUUCUGCAGCGAAUGGGCUCGGUCUGGCCGAGCGUCUCGCUUAUGGCCCAGAAUUUGCGAAAGUUGCAAGAAAGCAUCGUCUUCGUCCCAUCACCGAGACCAGAAUCGGCAGAAAAUGAAGAUAACCAAGAGUCAUGGUCAAUCGACGCGCAAUUACUUUGGGACAUCCUGAUCUACGAGAAAGCGGGAUGUGAAGGCGCAGCUCGGGACUGUUCCAUCUUCGAAGACGCACUCACAGCCGGACCGGAGAACCGAAGGCAAGAUGUGGCCGAGUUCGACUUGGUAGGCUCUGCUGGCAUCUUCGGCCACAAGACAGCUCCAAAAGAAGUACCUGUUUAUGCACCGGAUGAGGACACGAGCCCGACUCAAAGGUCCAACACUCGCGCAACACGCGCGCUGACGGAGACGGCUGGAUUUAAUGAAGAUCGAGCUUACGAAAGGUUCGUGGGAUUGAAUGAACAAGAUGCGUUGUUUCUACAGCCAAAUGACUUUGGGAGGGCAAUUGAUAAUUGGUUUAAUUUUGACUUGGUGUAA